UUCCGUUGGUUUAUUGUGAUAAUUGCUUAUGCACUAAUCCAGGGAAACUCAGUGAUUAGUUUUGUGGUGCUCAACAUGACUGCAUCAUUUUGUCCCUUUGGAAUAUGAUAAUUUAGGAAAUUCUACAUUAACAAUAUGCUUGCCUCCAAAUAAUCCAUGCUUAAUGUUUCUUUUUUUCAGCCAGACAGUUCCAUUGGUUUAUUGUGAUAAUUGCUUAUGCACUAAUCCUUUAUAUUUUUAUUUAUAUGCACAUUUAAUGUUAGGCAGAGAUAACAGUUGCAAAGUUUCAAAAUCGGGUCCAUGUAUAUGGGGUAGAAGGUGGCUUUCCUGUGUUUUUUGAUGUUGAUGGGCGAGGCACAGAAAUUUUCCCCACAGUUUUUGCUCUCUGGACGGUCCCUGAACUAUUGCCUUCUUUUAUACUGAAGGGGGGUGAGGUCUCUCAAUUUGUCAUUGGAGGAGCAGAUUUGAUGUUCCCCGGUAUUAGUGUGCCUCCUGAAGGUCUACCUUUGUUUUCAGCUGGGGAGCCAUGGGCGGUCAAAGUUCCAGGGAAUCCAGCACCUAUUGCAGUUGGCUCUACCACUAUGAGCAGCAAUGAAGCCUUGAAGGCCAAUUUGCGUGGGAAGGCUUUAAGGAUAACUCACUAUUAUCGUGACUUACUUUGGGAAUCAGUUGAGGGCCAUUAUGUGCCAAAUGCAGGUUUCUUUGAAGAUGUUGUCUUUGAGGAUCCAGCUUUGUCAUCUUCAUGUCAAGCUUCUUAUUCUUGUGAAGGUUCUGCUGAUGACCCUAAUAAUCAACAAAAUGCCAUUGACAAGAAAAAUAUUGGGGAAUCUGAUGAAACUAGUGAUGUCAUUUCUGAAACAAAUGCUGCUUCUUCCACGCAAAAUGAUCCCCAGAAUGCUGUGGAAGAAAUUGCUGAAAUUGUGGGUGAUUUGAAGUUAGCGGAUAGUGUAGAAGCUGCUCCACAGAAUGUUGAGGAGCAAUUAUCUUUAUCUACUGAGGAUGUGGAUUCUCACUUGGACAAAUGCCUUCUGCAAGCCUUGCAUACAACAGUGAAGGAUAAAGACCUCCCAAUGCCUGGAAGCACAUUGUGGUCAAACCAUGUCUUACCUUGUAGGCCUUCAGGUAUCACAUUAGAUAUCAAAAAGUCAUCCCACAAGAAGUUAUCAAAGUGGUUACAAGCUAAAUCAUCGACAGGACUGAUCACUGUAAAAGAAGACAAGUAUAAGAAGGAAAUUAUGUUAUUAUCUGUUAACCGUGGUCAUCCAGACUACUUAUCCUUCAAGCCAGAGAAGCGGCAAGUCCAGAAAGUUGAUCAGGCUGGCGAUCAUCCAGCCAGUGAAAGUCGUUCCCCAAAUGUGGUAGAUGUGGCAGAGGUCUAUAAGUCAAGUGUGCAUGUCAAUCCUAUUUUUGCUUCUGUUGGAGCUGACAUGGGGAAACUUUAUUCGGCUUCAGAUGCUUCUGAUGUUGUCUUUAAGUACAUUGAGAAAGAAAAUCUGGUUAAACCAACAAACAAAGCCAUUGUGGUUUUAGAUGCAACUUUAUGUGAUGCAUUGUUCAAAGGAGCCAUCAAGAAAGGAUCCACUUACCCAACAGAGAUUCACAAGAAAGAUUUAGGAACAACAUUUAUAAGUCGGAUGCAGGCUCAUCACAUUGUGACCAGAGGAACAGAGUCAGUUGUCCGGAAAGGUGCUUUAAAAGCAAUUCAGAUUGUUACAGAACGAAGGCAAGGUAACAAAAAGGUUACAAAAGUUUCUACAGCCAAUGCUGCUUUAAACAUUCUGACCCUCUUUGAUCAACCCCAGCAUAAUCUUUGCAUCCACAACCUUUCACGAUUGAAAGGCAAAGGUAAGAAAGGGCUUGAGGUUAUUAUUCAAGGAGGCGUAAUAGAUGAUGUUGCAAAACAUCUGAUUGAACAAUAUGGAAUCCCUAAGAGAUACAUUGAAGUUCUCGAUAAGACCAAGAAAUGAGAAGUGACAAAUGAGAUGACCGGUUGUGUGCUUUACACUACUGCAAAAGAGGUUUGAGCCUUCCCCAAAUUGCAACCAUCUUCUACUCUCAUCCCGGUAGUAUCGAUCCUACUUCAAUAGUAGGGAGACACGAAGCAUAAAAAGAUUUCUUCGAAUUUUGCUGGGAAUUAAUUGAUUAUCAUAUGCUUGAACUCUUGGUAAACUGCAUAUAUCUUUGGGUGUUUCAUGCUAUGUAGUCGUGUGAAGACGUUUUGUGCAUUGAAUUAGGGCAACAUCCAUGCAUGUUGCCAUAUGUUGCUUGUGUUUGCAAUUGGAAAAUUUCAGCACCCUGUACAUUUUAUUAACAAAAUAUUUACUUACAC